AUGAUUCUUGGAGCUUAUGUACAUGGAGGUUCAUUUGGAGUCACCAGGUAUGGACGUGAUCUACCUUGGGUGGCGAGGUACUUCAAUGAGUACCUUAAAAGGAAGCUUCAAAAAACCCGCCCUGAGUUAUCGUGCUCGUGGACAACUCUGGCUAUCCAGUCGGCGGAGGUGUCCUAUGAGCAGGCUGAGGAGGAGGACCUGGUGACCAGUUAUGAGGAGGCGAGGUCCCCGUAUGCAGAUGAUAUGGAAGAUAAUGUUGAGUAUUGGACUUCGUUGGGGUUGUAUGAGCAUCCUCGAUUGGCGAAGUUGGAGCCGGAGUAUACAGAGGGCAUCGAGGACAUCAUCGAGCAGGCCAUCCACUCCGGUGCCCCGCUUCGUCACACUUACAAUGUGAGCCCCAAAGACACCAAGCCCGUGAUCGAAAAGUGGCGACCAGCCAUUGCUAAGGAGGUUGCAGUGGUUGAGAAGGGGUUCAAGAGAAUCAAGAUUCAGGAUGUCUCCGGUUUGAAGGAGAAUCAUAUUGUCCAGGAGCUUCCCUCUAAGCUUGUGUAUACAAUCAAACCUCCAGCCGGAGAUGGACCGGCUGAGGGUGAGCAAUCCUUCUGUAAGAGGAAGGCACGGAUAGCAUGCUGUGGUAACUAUGCUGCAGAUGACCAAGGUGAGCUAUAUGCAGGCGGUGCUGCAGCAGAAAGCCUCAGAUGCUCGUUGACGUACACGGCCAGGCGCAAGUGGCGCGCUGGCAUUCUGGACAUAACAGGAGCUUUUAUGCUUACACCUUUGCCGCAAGGCUUUGGGGAGGUGAUCUACAUUAUCAGGCCACCAGUGGCCCUGGUUCAGCUUGGUUUGGCACACCCAGACGAGCG